CGACUGUGACCACUAGUGCAGUCGGCAACAUGGAGCCCACCACUCACUUCCGGACCCACAGAGGACGCGCAAACGGUGGUACUCACCAUGACAGUGCUGGAGCGGGACGAAGAGCGCACCAUAAAAACAAACAAUGGGUUGCGGACAGUGCCACCAGCAGAAGUAGCACACCUCAUGGAGGCUCAGACACUGAGCGAUGGGAGCGUGGAGGGCAUAGAGGAAGCAGAGGUCGAGGAAGAGGCACACGUGGCAAAUUUCCUCAUUCUACAAUGAAUUUCCGUCAAGGAGGCGCUCUAGAUACUGGCUCAGCUCCUGCUAGUGAAGGGGACAAUAGCGAAAUGGAGGAUGCCACUGACGUAGAUGAAGUCGAACACCAAGAGCCAGAGACUCUUGAGGAAAGAGAACGAUUCUGGAAAGAGCUUGUGAAAGUGCGCGAAGUCGAGCGCAAGACAGCUAUUGCGGAGGGCAAAAUGGACGAUCCCAAUGUGCCAAAACGACUAGAAGAUGCUAUCACAAUGGUUGGCACAUGCAUGGAUAUGUGCCCAAAAUUCGAACGCUACCGUCGCGAACGCGAGAACAACCUCUUUGAGUGGGAAAUUGUUCCAGGAACCAAACGCGUUGAUCACAAGAGGGCUGUCAAAAUGUAUGAACGGGCAGCUGGUGACAAGACGCUACCCUCCGACCUUCGUCCUCCCAAAGUUCUUCGACGCACACUCGACUAUCUUUUCCACGACCUGCUUCCUCGGGGCGGUUUUUCUGCGACCUUCAAUUUCAUUCGUGAUCGUUCGCGUGCUGUGCGAAGUGACUUCACAAUGCAGCACGAAAUGGGUUCCAUCGCGAUCGAGUGCCAUGAUAGAUGUGCACGGUUCCACAUCCUUGGUCUUCACCUGGAGCGCGACCGACCCGGAUCCCAGAUCAGUCUGGAGGAGCAGCAGCUGAAGUACACUCUCCAAAGUCUAAAGGAGUUUUACGAAGACCAGCGUGGAAAAUACCAAUCACCGACAGAGCUCGAAAUGCGAGUCUAUCAUCGUCUGAUCCACAUUCGUGAUCAAAAAGAGCGACAGGAGGAUAUCCCUUCCAUGAUCCUGGAGCAUCCGGUAUUCAAGCUUACGACCAAAUUCCGGCUCCUCGUACAGGCGAAAAGUGCCCCCAUCGGCAGAAGCACUCCUCUUUUGGUUGAUAACGAGGCCCUGAGCGUCUUCAAUGAAUUGAUUAUAGUGCUUCAGGGGGAAGGAAACUACGCCAUGAUCUAUCUGGUCGCAUGCAUCAUAGAGCACCUAUUUGGCACUGACACUGUCGACGAUAUUGAAAGCCUGAGGGAAAAUCUCACCAUUCCGGAUAUCAUUGAUGGAAACUCUGCUGCUGUAGACGAACACCAUGACGCUAUUGUGGAAGAACCAGACGCUAUGCACGAGGAAGAGGAACCACCCUUCGAGGCUGACUUGGUUGAUGUGCCACAAUCUUCCCCGAAGCCUCUGCAGCGAAGCGGGACCCUGUGGCUGAAUGAGACAUUUGGUCCGAAGCCCACUGAAUCAGCAUUCUCGACCGCUUCUUCUCAACCUGCACCACAAUCGCCAAAGUCUGCGUUUUCACAUUUGACAUCUGUUCCCAAUAUAUUCGGGACGACGACAUUCCAAACGUCAACAUUCGGCUCAACAAACGAGUUUGGUUUUGGCUCAGCACCCGCCCCUACAUCAGUGUUUGGACCCUCUUCCACUCGGACCUCUGUCUUUAGCCAAGCACCCACUUCGGUUUUUGGUCAGCCUCCGCUUGUCCCAUCUCCAACCCCGACAGCACCCAGCGAGAACGAGGUUCAGGUUUCAUUCACAGUGCCUCCGGCACCCCCUCCCUCUACCUUCAGCAAACCAUUGCCCCCUUCCCCCGAACUCCCUUCCGUACCCGAGGUCAACAACGCUACAUCAUCUAUACAAUCACCAUCUCCUCUCAACCGUCAUGCACCAAUAUUUACUCCAUUGCUUUCUCCAAUUGUCACACAACCUAUACCGUCGUACCAACCUCCAGUUCCUCCCUCUCCAGUCACUUCACAGCCAAUUUUUGGCGUUCCCCAUGGUUCCUUCGGUGGCCUACAUGAAACUCCACCUUCUCAACCGCCGCCUUUGAGUAGACAUCAACCAAUAUCUUUACCGCCAACGCCCACUGCGACGAUGUAUAUUCCUUCGGCCAUCUCUGGCUCAUCCACCAAGUCCGUUUUUGGAUCUCUCAAAAAACUCCAACCUAUCUCACUCACCGCUUCCCCUACUGAAAUUCUGAGCCCACUGGUACUUUCGUCGCCCGGGACAAAAUCAACACUUAGUUCUAUGGCCAGCCUACAGCGACGUGAUUCCGUACAGACUCCCUUGCGUAUAGGAAUCACCGCUGCCGAUCUUGAAGCAGUUUCGACUAAAUUGGAAAGCCCACUCAACGGCAAGGCAUUGAUUUCUUCGUCCACCAGCAAACUAUCACAAGAAACACUCGAAUCCAAAGCUUUCGCAUUUGCUCGAAGGAGCUUGCUCAUUAAGGAGGUUUUUCAUGAAUGGAUGGAACGAACGGCUGGUCGUACCAAGUGGAAAGAGGCUUGUCGGCGAAGCGAGGCUUAUAGUCAGCUUGUACACACGGAGCGGCUUUCGAAGAGUACCAGCUCAUUGCCGCAGGAGAACAAGCGGAAAGUGGUUUCACCAGAACGACCCAGCCCUGUUAGGAAGCGGCUCAGAAACCGCUUGUCCAGCGAAUAUCGCCCACCGGCCAGUGAUGACGAACUUGUAAAGCGGUUCGAAAAGAAUCGUGAAGAAAACGAACGGCGCUGGGCUCGUGGAUCUUUCCUCCAUGCGCUGCGGCAACACCUAAAGGCGGCGUCACGCACCAUUCCCGAAAGUUGGUCUGCCUGGCUAUCCUUGAACCAGGAUAAUGAUGGAACUGCCAUUUGGCUCGAACUGAAAUUUGAUGUGCCUGACUCUGGCAGCUGGAAGGACGUCAAUAUAUUCCAGAUACCAGUGGCGCCGCAGCCACACAACAGCAAAACACUAUAUCCGGGUAUCAUCAUUUUCGAGCGAACCCCAGUUGGCGAGGUGGAAGACCCUCUGGAAAGAAAAUAUCGAAUGCUGGAUGAUUGUUCACGUUUACGUGAUAUCAUCGAGUCAUUGCCCCCUGAUCGGCAUUUUAUUCCAUCCCUCUUGACGAUAUCUUGGUCUGGUGGGGAGCCCGACUCUUCUGCCGACUUUAAUGAUAUGAUUGCUGCAAUACUUCACGAUGAAAUAUCGUCUUCCCAUGUUGAUAUAUCAUUAACAUCCACUGCUUCGGACCUUGACUCUAGGUUUCAAUCCGCCUUGGAAUCACUCAAACUUGAUGCUGAAGGCAAACUGGUUCGGUGGAUGUCCGUACCUGGUAUGUUAGAGUUUACGAUAUACUUUCAUAGUUUGGCAUCUUAUUUCGGGACAGACCUCUUCAGACAGUGGAGACCCAUAUGGCAUACGUUUACCUCCCAGCGAUUAGAGCAAUGCAUAUUCAAUGGAGAAUUUGACUGGGGUUUUUUGGGGAGAUUCCUGGAGUUGUGUAUAGAACUCCUCAAUAACAUCUCUGGUGCUGCACUUCAGCUGAUGAAUGGCAGUAUCUUUGGAGAUGUUCUGCCCAACCUGAAGCUACAAUACGCCAGAGACUCAGAUUCAAUGUUUGAUGCGGUUUUGCAAUGGAUGGAUAAUCCAUCGUUGCAAGAUGCAAGUAAACGUCUCGCAGAUGACCUAAGAUCACACCAGGCCCUUGACCGAGAGUUUCCCUCGAGACCCUUCAUUCAAUAUAUAUAUGACGUUGCUCAGGAGCUGUCCACUCAACACUUGAGCCCCAGCGCCGCAAACCCUACCCUCAUACGGAAAACUUGUCUUGAAGAAGCGACAUCAAAAAUCUCGGCUAAGCAGAGCUCUUACUCGGAUGAGCUCAAUGCCCUUCGUUCCGCCAAGCUGCGACAGUCAUCUAAACGUACUGCAUCAGUCAAUGCUUCCAGCCGGUCUUCUACACCUGCUAAGCGGAGAAGAUUAUCCGCCUCUGAUGAAUCUAGCGACCGUGGAAGUCCUCCAUUGAGCACCGCUAGUCCUGCCUACACGUCGCCCUCCAUCAGCACUACCACAUCUUUACCUCCCGAGGACAACUCCACAGUGGUCACAUCCGCUAUGCUUCGUGCUCUUACUAGGGAUAUACGGACCAAGUUUAGUGGUCGCAAAUGA